UUAGAAACAUCGAAGCGUUCUAUAACCCUGAAUCCUUAAACGCCUUGUCGUUUCUCUUCACAUGACUGCUAAAACCUCGCCUGUGGUUCCCGUGAAAAAAAGAGACGUCGAAUCGUAUCGUACCGCCGUCGCCGCUUCACCGAGAAUCUGGUUGAAUCUUCAAAUGGCUCAUGUGGCGCAAAGCCGAAACGUGAUCCGGCAUGUAGUAUCCAGAGGAACAGCUUUCCACAAAUACGAAAAUGCGAUCCAUCAUCCUCUCCUUUUCGCCUGUCAAGGAGUUCGUUACAGAAAACUCGAAGUCAUUCUCACCACGGGCAUAGAGAAGCUUGGGAAAGGUGGUGAGACGGUGAAGGUAGCUCCUGGUUACUUCAGGAAUCACCUUAUGCCCAAACUCCUUGCUGUCCCCAACAUUGACAAGUAUGCUCAUCUCAUCCGUGAGCAACGCAAGAUGCGUAACUAUGAAGAAAAGGAAGAGGUUAAGGUGGUUCAUAAGUCUUCAGAAGUGCAGACUAAAGAGUUUGAAAAGGCAGCUAAGCGCCUCGCCAAUGCCAACUUGGUGUUGAGGAAGUUAAUUGACAAGGAGAAGUUCAAAAACCGCUCCUCAAAGGAGGACAAACCAGAUGUGCAAACACCUGUGACAAAAGAAGAGAUAGUCUCUGAGGUGGCGAGGCAGCUGUGUGUGAAGAUUGAUCCGGACAAUGUGGUUCUUACGGAGCCAUUGGCAACUUUUGGGGAGUAUGAGGUUCCUCUGAAGUUCCCCAAGACUAUUCCUUUGCCACCAGGAACUGUUCAGUGGAUUCUCAAAGUCAAAGUCCGUGGCCAUUAAGAUCUUCUACCAUAGAAACUCUUCUAUGAUAGUUUUUCUACUCUAGUCUGUUUCAUGUAGCCAUGGAAUUGCAGAAAAGCAUUGUAGUUUGACGAUAUGAGAUCAGUUUCGUUUUUACAUGUAGUUGUGUAAAUCGGGUAUAACCCGGUUUAAGUUUAAACCAUGAUUCGAAUUUUGUAUGACUGCAAGAAGGAAAUUAAUAAGCUUUGAUUUUUGUGAAA